AGAAUAGAAUUUCAAUGACGUCACACCUGUUUGUUUGUGUUGAAAAAGAAGCAGCUGAUGAGAAACGUGGCUGAAGAAGAAAGACGCUUUUCGGCUGGAGAAUUUAGACCAGUUUACAGAUUCAUAUUCUUUUGAAAUAAUAGAUAUUCUGAUUUUAAGAAGUCAGUUUCAUCGAAAAUGCAAAUGUCACUGAACAGCUAUGCAAAUUAGUAGUGUGAAGUACUAAUUGUGUACUGAAUAAGCAUAUGUGAUUUUAUAUUGAUAAAUUGAUUUAAAAAAAAGAGUUUUAAAUUUCCAUUAAAAGUAUCCUUAAGAUAUUGAAGAUAAGCUUAUUUCAGAAAUCAAUUUAGUGGUUGAACACUAUGGGACGAAUCUUUCUCGAUCACAUUGGUGGUUCUCGUCUCUUUUCUUGCGCUAGUUGUGAUACCAUUCUGACAAAUCGCAACGAACUAAUCAGCACACGCUUUACUGGAGCCACGGGACGAGCUUUUCUUUUCAAUCGAGUCGUCAAUCUCACGUACAGUGAAGUUCAAGAUCGAGUAAUGCUAACAGGAAGACAUAUGGUUAGAGAUGUAUCGUGCAAGAAUUGUGACACAAAAUUAGGUUGGAUAUACGAAUUUGCCACAGAAGAAAAUCAACGAUACAAAGAAGGAAGGGUGAUAUUGGAGAGAGCCCUCGUCACCGAAAGUGACGGCAUUGAAGAACACAUGGGAGACGAUUGAUUUGAACAUGGCCGGAGUAAAAUUCAUCGUUAUAUUUUACAUCAUUAUGUAAUGAUGAGAUUAGUUUAUAUUUUUGUUUUUUUUUUUUUUAAUUGAAACAUGUAUUGGCUAUGGAGUUCUUCAAACUAGUUAAACAAAAGACUAUCCAUAAAAAACCAGUCUAUCCUUUAGAAACUGUUUGAUAUGGGAAUCCUAUUUAUAUUUAAAAACCUUCGUGAUAAGUAGAAUUUUAGAUUUUUAUGAAGGAAGAAAAAGAAAAAAAAAAACAGGAGUUUUUUUUACAGCUAGCAGUGCAGUAUUUAUUUAUUUUUUGUAAGCAGAUGAAACAAAAUAACAAAAUCUUACCUUUGAAGUUAUGUAAAUGCAGAUUAUUAUUUAUAAAAAAGAAAAUUUAUUAACCAUACCGAGAGUAUUCUAAACAAUUUUGCCGGACAAAUUUUGCUGAUUUCUUACUUAAGCAUGAUGC